UUUUUAAAAUUUAAUGUCGCAUUUGUAAUUUACAAUAUUCUAUAAUUUGUUGAAGGUAUAUGUGCAAGAUUUGAAAAAUGAGAUAUUACAUGACUAAAAAUUCUGUAUUUUACAUUAAAAUUAAAUUGCUACGUCAACGUAUGUCUAUACCUGAAGAGUUACAGAGAGAAGCAUGGGAUGACAUAAAAGAAUAUAAAGAUAAUUACAAAAAAGUAAUUAAAGAAAGAGAAGAAAGUAGACUUCCGUUCCAUCAUGAGUCUCCUCAGUUUUCCUAUAGACCUCAUUUGGUCGAUUAUCUAAAAAAAAUAUGCAUUGAAAAAAAAUUAAGCCAUUGCUGUUUACAUUUAGCUGUUUAUAUACUGGAUAUCUUCAUGGAUAAUCAUUCAAUAAUCCCCGAGAAAAUUCUGCUGGUUACAAAUGUUUGCUUACUUUUAGCAGCAAAAUUUGAGGAAAAUAGUAUGACAAUUCCAAAAAUAGCAGAACUAAACAGAGCUAUAAACAACCGAUACCAAAUAAUUGACUAUAAAGCAUUAGAAAUAGUCAUGUUAAAAUUUUUUUCUUGGUAUAUAAUGUACCCUACAACAGCACAUUAUGUUUAUUACUAUAUACAAACCGCUAUAACCGAGGAAGACGUAAGAGAUAAAGGAAUCGGAAUGAGAAGUGUAUUUUACAAUUUACACACUUUUGUUGGAGAAUACCUCGACCAAAUUAUAGAGAAUAUACAUUACAUGCAGUGUUAUCCACCUUCUAAAUUAGCUGCUGGAAUAAUAGCUGUAAGUAGAUUGGAUAUCGGUUUGUCAUGCUGGACUGAACAAUUAGAAAACAUAACUGAUUACAAACGCGAGGAAAUAGAAACACAAAUAUUUGUAUUGCGAACAAAGUAUCCUUUCAUUAAUUGUCCAAAAUGCAAGAUUCCAAAUUAAUCUGUGAAAGUGUUUCUGUCUUGUUUACUAAUGUUAAUAUGAACCAACAUUAAUUUCACAACAUUAAUACAGAUGUUAAAAUGAUUUUU